AUUACAGCAAGCAUUCAUCUCUCAGCAUUCUGUCCUGAGGCAUAUUCAGCAGCAUAAGCAGGCAAUGGGUGGCAACCCCCCUUGUGCUUCAUGCAAGCUUCUUCGCCGGCGAUGCGCCGAAGGCUGCAUUUUUGCUCCUUUUUUUCCGGCCGACGAUCCCGUCAAAUUCGCGAACGUUCACAAGGUGUUUGGUGCCAGCAAUGUCAGCAAGAUGCUUCAGGACCUUCCUGUCCAACAGAGAGCAGAUGCGGUGACUAGCCUAGUCUAUGAAGCUAAUGCAAGAGUGCGGGAUCCGGUUUACGGCUGCGUAGGCGCAAUCUCCUUCCUCCAGCAGCAGAUCGCUCAGUUGCAGAUGCAACUAGCAGUUGCACAAGCAGAGAUACUGUGCAUUCAGAUGCAGCAGGAGUCGAUCUCACUGCCAUUAAUUCUGGAAGACAUGGGCAGCAAGCCUUUGGUACACGCCGAGCUCUUCCCCUUUGCUAACUAUGGAUCAACUAGCCAUGCAUAUGGUGAAGCACCUAAGAGGGAAUCCAUGUGGGCAUGAAAAGCUCUGAGUCUACCCUUGUUUCUUGAUUAGAUGGAAUGCAGAUGAAGAAUUAUGAAGUAUGAAAGUUCAACCGUAUGCCAAAUGAUCAAAGAUGAGCAUGCUAGAUGUGCAGAACAUGUAGGCGGCUGUCCAUUAAUGCUGAUCCAUGUAGUUUGGGUUCUUGGAUUUAUAUAAAUAUGAUUU